AUGAGCCGCUAUCCCCCACCGGAGUUAAAGCCAGUUGGCCAAGGUCAGCCGGCAAGCCUGUCACCCAGCCAGGAGGAACACCUCAGCAAUCAGCCAGCCAGCCCAUUGCUCUCACGACUGAUCAAAAUAACCAACCAAUGUGGAAAGCUGCACUGCGAAGCAGCUGAUGGAGCAAACUUCAAAACCAAUUACUGCACGCACAGAGAAGCUGUCUGGCCAGAAAGACCAGCACAGAUUAGGAGGUUGCAACAUUGGAAGAUGCAUGCAAAGCACCAUGGCUGUGAAGCAACACAUAUGGAGAUGGCUCUUGUUCUCAUUGCAACCUUGGUUGUUGCCCAGAUGAUUGUGCUUGUUCAGUGGAAGCAAAGACACUGUUGAAUAUACAAUUUAGUCACGCUGCUGCAGAUGUGGGUUGUUCAUUUUCUUUAUUUCACUGUCAGAUUUUACUGGUGGAAAUCCCUGUCCAUGGGGGGAAUGGUCUCAGUUAUUACCAGUUACAUCAGUUUCAGAGCAACCUGCAAGCCUCUCUUGGGAAGAACACCACAGUUGGUCUACAAAUGGUUCCUCCUGAUCUAUAAACUGAGUUAUGCAAUUGGGAUUGUGGGUUAUCUAGCCAUAAUGUUUACCCUGUUUGGAUUUAAUUUAUUCUUUAGAAUGGAGUCUGAUGACUCCAUGGAUUUUGCUGUGACACUGCUUUUUUAUGGACUGUACUAUGGAAUGAUGGGAAUAGACUUUGCAGAGACUUGUUCUGACUACAUGGCUCCCAACAUCAGUUUUUACAACAUCAGUGGCAUACCAACAAGAACUUUGUCCAACAACAUUUGUGCAGUCUGCACACAGAAAAUUUUUGUGGAUAUAAAUGAAGAAAGGAUCAUCGAAAAUACCUACCAGCUGUCCUGUAAUCAUGUGUUUCAUGAAUCCUGCAUCUGUGGCUGGGGCAUUGUUGGCAAAAACCAGACUUGCUCACACUGCCCUGAGAAAGUUGAUUUGAAGAGGAUUUUCCUUAACAACAGAUUAGGUAGGAAUGCACACAUAUUGUAUGGAUGACUUUUGGACUGGCUCUACUAUCUGGUGGUUUCGCAAUCAGUUGUUAUAGGCAUCGUCCAAGGCAUUAAUUACUCACUGGCUCUAAAACAGGACUCAGAUCAUUAG